GUAAGCUAUACUUUUUAUAAAAGGGUUGUAUAAAUUUUUUUAAAUGACAAAUAUUGAUUUGAAAUAUUCUCCUCGAUGACCAUUUGCGAAUUUAUGAGACCGUCAUCUGUCAGCAUCCGAAUUAAUUCCUUUCCAUCUCUCAGAACCAUGUCGUAAAAUUAUUUCAAAAAUAAAAAUAGCAAUAGGUAAAAAUAGAAAAAAUAUUAUGAAAUCAUGAAGUAGACUAAGGCCAGGGGUAACAAUGCAGUGUUUGAACACGCUGAGAGCCGGCGCGCAGCGGCUGUCGCAUGCAGCGCCCACGUUCCACUUGCCUCCCCAAUACAACCUCGUAACGAAAAGGUUCAAGAGGCAAUCUCCAUGCGAUUAUAUCUUAAUACCUAAGGAUAAGAAACCGUGUUUCGAUAUUCGCAACGUAACAAUAGAACGAGCAACAGAAUGUCACUCAAGGAUGAUUCGUUCGUUCCUCUACACGCACUACUGGCCUCGGGAGCCGAGCGUCAUCAGCUUAUGGAUGCCCAUCAACAGUCCUUAUCUCGAUAUACUUACCGACAAAUACUCUCAUUCUGGAGAGCGACUCCUAGCCUUCGAGCGCAUCCCGCGUACAUCUGAACGCAAGCUGAUCGGCAUCACGAUUGCCAACAGGGUCUAUCCCUGGAUGAUCAAGGAGCUGGUUGAGUGGGCUCACUGCACCCCCUCCAAGCCCGAACGACACAGGAUGUUUUUCUGCGCCCAUUGCCUGCAGAGUCCCAACUUAUUUAAGAAGUAUAAUGUUGACUAUAUUUAUGAUAUCGAAGUACUGGGUACUUCGGCCGACGUGACAGGUCAGGGUGUGGGCACCAUGCUGCUGAAGACAAUCCUCGCCAGUGCGCGGGAGUUGCGCCACCCGGUCGUGCAGGUCGUGUCCAAAAGUCAAUAUACUUCAAGGAUUUGUGAAAAAUGUGGCAUGAAACGAGUUUGGGCCAUGGAUUACACAGAGUUCGUAGACGACUGCGGGCAGCGUGUGUUCUUCCCGAGGCGACCUCAUCACACUGUUGGCGUUUAUGUUAAAUACUUUGACCCCAAGAAGGGAAUGGAACUUCCAUGUAAACGAAAACCUCAAUGA